UACGUCAUAAGCGGUGCGCUGCGUUGCCUGCUCGUGCAUCUGUAUAUCUGUUAUUUUGAUGAUACACGUGAGAGUUCCAUAAUAUUUUUUGUGACAGGAGGGAGUGGCUGACUCCUCUAAAUUCAAAGAGAUAAAUUAAAUAUUUGAUUCAAAGGAAAAUGAGCAUUUUGAAAUGUUUUCUGCGGUCAUGCACAGGCUACUCUCAUUAUUGGCAAGUACAAGCAAAGCAAAUGGGAUUCUACACUUUCAGGAGCUACACCUCUACUGUCAAUGACGAUGGUUCGAAGGAAGUUAGAAUUGAAGUUCCAUGGGGUGUUAUUGCAGGCAAGGAGUGGGGACCCGAAUCAGGCAAGCCAGUUUUAGCUGUCCAUGGCUGGCAAGACAACGCAGGGAGCUUCGACAGAUUAGUGCCUCUUUUGAAGUCCGAUUUGAGAAUUCUUGCCAUUGACUUACCAGGACAUGGCAGGUCUUCUCCCUUUCCUCCGGUAUUUGUGAGGCAAAUGGAAUGGGAUAGAUUCGUUUACUUGGGCCACAGCCUUGGAAGUAUUUUAGGUUACAUAUACUGUGCAACCUUCCCAGAAACUGUAGAAAAAUAUAUUGGAAUUGAGGCCCUAAAACCUAAAGUCUUUCCUGCAGAGAAGCUUCAAAAGAUCAACAGGAAAAAUGCGGAGACUUUCUUUAAAAUUGAAGGACUGAAAGCCGAUACUCAACCAGUGUACUCAUAUGAAGAAGCCGAGAGGAGAAUGUUAAAAGCUUAUAAUGGUUCAGUCAAUGAGGAAUCAUGCAAAGUUCUUUUAAUGAGAGGUUUGAGAGAGACUGGAACGGGAUAUACUUACAGUCGUGAUCCGAGGGUAAAGGUCGGCCGGCUGGAUUUAGGGUACUCGGAAGAAAGCUUGAUGGCAUAUGCAUCUAAUAUGACUUGUGAAGUCCUCAAUAUAAAGGCAAAAAAUGGCCUUGAUUAUGAACCCAAAGAGAUAUAUUAUGGUGCUGUUGAAGCUUUGAAGAAAACAGCUCCCAGAGUCCAGUUUGAAGAAGUUGAAGGCACUCAUCAUCUUCACCUCAACACGCCAGAAAAUGUAGCUUCACUUAUAAAUGAAUUCAUAAGUUCGUAAUGAAAAAUUAAUUAGGGCAUUAAGGAGCCAUUUGAGAUUGUAUGAGAUAGAUAUCUUAUUGAGUAAUUAAUUUUGGAUAGCAAUUGAUAUUUAACCUGAGAACUGGACAUUUAAGAAGUUAUUAAAUAACAAAUAUUCAAAUUUCCAGAAACCAUUAUGUGUGUGUGUGUUAUUUCAGGCAGGAUGUACAGUACAUACACAGGCAUUUUGUUAUUAAAAUGGAAUUCCAGUCCUGUAUGUUGCAGUUUUCAGGUUUUCACCCAUUUCUCAUGAUUGGGAAUGUAUAUAUUGUAUGAUAGAUUUCUGACUCAAUUUAUUUAAAGUAUAGCUAAUAGGAAGUUGAAAAGGUGAAAAGCAAAACAUGAAAGUUGUCAUUGGAUUCACCUAUCUAGUCAAAAUUUCAAAAUCAGGUUGUUAAAUUGUUAAAAUUUUCCUACUUUCUGUAUC